GUGGCGUUCACGGAUAACUAGUGACUAACUUACCACAUACCGUUUUACUAACAACAUCACCCACCCAACACCUCGCCCCGCCUUGACAGCAAACACAAUCAACUCCCUCUCUCUGUUGCUAAAACAAUAAGUCCACCAUGGUGAAAGCAAAGAAGCAAACCAAGUUCGUGAUCGACUGCACACAACCCGUGGACGAUAAGGUCCUCGAUAUGGGUCAGUUCGAAAAGUACUUGAACGACCGCAUCAAGAUCAAGGGACAAACUGGUGUUUUGGCGCAGAACGGGGUGACUAUUGUCAAGGAUCGUUCCAAGUUGACUGUGGCCAGUCCACCCGAGCUCAACUUUUCCAAGCGUCAACUCAAGUACCUUUCCAAGAGAUACUUGAAGAAGCAACAGUUGAGAGAUUUCUUGCGCGUCGUGGCCGCCAGCAAGAACUCCUACGAAAUGAGAUACUUCCGCAUUUCUGAUGUCGAUGAAGGCGAUGAUGAAGAGUAAACUAGUAACUCGGUUUCUGGAAUCGUGCUAAUUGUACAAUCAACACUCUAGCGAAAAGAUUCGUUUCAGAUAUGUUAUACUUUGCAACAACCGCA